AUGAGUAAGGAAGACAAACUUAUCGGAGAAGCCAAGAUUGCCCUUGUUAGCGCUGUGAACUACGACAAGAAUGACAAACCAAACGAUGCCUUACGAGAUUACAUGAUAGGCAUUGAUUUAUUGGAUCAAGCGGUCAAAGCCAUGUCGCUGAAUGAUGAACGAAGAAAACCGCUUUUUAAACAAAUAGCUCAAUACGUCACCAGGGCUGAACAGUUAAAAGAUGCUACGAAAAUUGAGGUAGGGCGUUCGUUGUCAUUAGACACGAUGUUAAACAUAGCUUAUGGUGAAAUCUUGUUGUUUUUUUUAAUCAUUCUUUGCUCACCAAUUAUGUGUAUGUAUUGCCGUUUGUCUAAGAUGUCUAAUCCGCUGUCCAUGGAAACUUCAUGGAGAAGCCAAUAUUACCUCCUUUGCAUUAUUUCCGAUACGAAUGAGCAUGAGACGGAAUUUUUUGGUUAUUUCCGUCUAGACUGUCGACCCAUGACGGAUGUAGAAGUCUUCUUUCUUGUUUCUCCCCUUAACUAA